CCUUAAACCCUGGCAGUGUAGAGAGAGACAACAACAUUGUUCAGUCUUGUUCUUCAGGGUUUUGCUGUCGCGGUCACUGCAAAGCACCAUCUUCUUCGCGCAUACAAUUCAGCAGCCAUGGCGAGCACCAAAGUUCAGAGGGUUAUGACCCAGCCCAUUAACUUGAUUUUCAGGUUUCUUCAAAGCAAAGCGCGCAUUCAGAUUUGGCUAUUUGAGCAGAAGGAUUUGAGGAUUGAAGGCCGAAUCAUUGGUUUUGAUGAGUACAUGAAUUUGGUUCUGGAUGAUGCUGAAGAAGUAAACGUCAAGAAGAAGAGCAGAAAGACAUUAGGGAGGAUCCUUCUUAAAGGAGACAACAUAACUUUGAUGAUGAACACGGGCAAAUGAUGAUGGACACAUUGGGACAGUUCUACUAUCCAACAAGAAGGCUGAUUUAUCUUUCCCUUUUCCGUUUAAUUAUUGUUGCUCUUGUUAACAUGUUGAAUAUGCUGUGUGAGGAUAUUUAUCGUGUGUGACAGUAAGAAAUUUUUGUACACUAGAUAAAUACUCAGUAUAGCUGCUUAUCAUCUUGGUCUGUUGGGUCACUCUUUGUCUACAUUAAUUAAUAUACAGAUUGACAUGGGAGCUAUGACCAAGUUUGGGUUAGCUUCAAGUUUA